AAUGAAGGUUUUACUGUUCGUGUGUUGCGUAGGUGCUCUAAUUGCUACUGUUGUAUCUCAGAGUGGUAGUCGGAGAAGGAAUUCUAGCAGUCGGAGAAGGAGUGGUGAUUGUGUAUCUAGAAAUGGGGGCUGGUCCGAAUGGGGUUCUUGGAGCGAAUGCGACAUUCGAGAUGAUAUGCCGUAUGCUACUAAGAUCAGUAUAAGAUACUGCAACAACCCUGAACCUUAUUGCGGAGGAAGUGAAUGUUCAGGGAGCAGAAUGAGGACUGAGGAAUGCUCUGAAGAUGGUGAUCACGAGGAAGAUGAGAAUUCACUUGAGGUAGAGUUUGGAGGAGUCAAAGUGGAUAUGAACCUCGGUGAGAUUAAACAACAGUGGGAUCUUUUCGAGUAACUUGUAGCAUCAAUGUAACGAUGGGAGAGUAGUUACGAGCAUGGGGGAGAAGACACGUUUUAACAAAACUCAAAAUGAUAAAUUAUUUAUUAGAAUCUUGCUUUGUAGAUUUUUGAAGCAUCUAGGCGUGCGAAUAUCGUUUGAAAUCAAACUUUAUUCUUUGAUAGAGGGAAUGCGAAGGAUUGGGUUGAUCAUUUAUAGAGAAUAAUAUUGUGAUAUUAGUAAAGUAUGAAACUUUA